AUGAUUUUCGUCUCCCAGCAGCCGAGAAUCUCAGUCCCUGAGAACCUCCCUAUUUGGGAUUUCCUCUUUGAGUCUGAGUAUUCCCCUCUUCGUCGUUCCAAGGCGAACAACCUCGCCGGAUUUACCAACGCCGUCACCAAGGAGCGAGUCAGAUACGACGAGUUGAAAACUUAUGCGACAAGUCUAUCAACCGCGCUAGUGCGACGGUAUGGCCUACGCGCAGGGGAGACAGUAGCACUGUUCAGUCCGAACACGGUUUGGUAUCCAGUCGCAAUGCUUGGAACAAUCCGCGUCGGUGGUGUUAUUUCCGGUGCUUCGCCCGCGUACAACGUCGAGGAGAUGACCUAUGCUCUGAAGACUGCUCAAGCGAAAAUCUUGAUGACAACUGCUGCCUCACUUGCAGUGGCAGUGCCAGCUGCGCAAAACGCUGGAAUCCCUCGAAAACACAUUUUUCUGCUAGAAGGAGACGUGCCAGGAUAUACAACUAUCAAAGAGCUUCUCGAAAUUGGAGAUGAAUCUGGGAUUACGGGCCAGGUGUUGCCAUUUCAAAUCCCUCGCGGUAAGACCAACAAAGACGUCUGCGGUUUUUUGAGCUUCAGCAGCGGUACGACUGGUCUACCUAAAGCGGUCAUGAUAUCGCAUCAGAAUGUAAUGGCGCAGUGCCUUCAGGUUGAACAGGUGACUUCACCAGAGCAUAAGAAAGUUUUAGCCGUCCUUCCCUUAUUCCACAUCACGGGUCUAGUUCACCAGAUGCAUCUCCCUGUCUUGCGCAAUGCGGAGGUGUACAUGCUGCCCGCAUUCAGCAUGGAAUCCAUGCUAAGCACGGUCGUUGAAUAUCAAAUAUCCGAACUGCUACUUGUUCCACCCAUUCUCAUCCAGGUUAAGAUUAUCGAUCCUGAUACUGGUCGAGAGCUUGGGUAUGAUGAACCCGGGGAGAUUCUCGCUCGCGGGCCACAGGUAGUAAUGGGGUAUCUGGACAACGAAAAGGCAACACGAGAAACGUUUGAUGAGGAGGGGUGGUUACAUACAGGUGAUGUUGGAUACAUGGACCGUGAAGGCUUUAUAACCAUCACAGAUCGCAUCAAGGAAAUGAUCAAAGUAAAGGGAAUUGCGGUUGCACCGGCUGAGUUAGAAGACUUGUUGCUUGGGCAUCCUAUGGUCGAGGAUGUCGCUGUCAGCGGAAUUUCUGACAAUUAUACCGGUGAACGUCCCAAAGCCUAUGUGGUGCUGAAACCAAACUUCCGUCUGAAAAAAGAUGCUUGCACACUUGUCACAUUGGCGCGAGAGCUCAUCGAUUAUGUCCAAGAAAACAAAGUGCGUCACAAGUGGAUUGUGGAAGUCGAAAUCCUUGAUGAAAUCCCCAAGAGUGCCAGCGGCAAAAUCCUCCGGCGAACUCUUCGCAAGUUGGAGAACGAAAAGGACGGACAAGACCGAUUGAUCGCACGGCGCCAGGAAGUCCGUUCACGGCUUUAA